AAAUUUUACCAUUAAUUUUUAGACAAAGAUGGGAUCCGACCCUCAAGCCGCCAAGACGAUUCAGAAUAAUCUGAAAGAGUUAUUAAAAAAUAUUAAAAAAUAUGACGAACACAGAAGAGCGUGCGAGCCCGGACUUGAAAUAAUAAACUCUCUUCAAGACAAAAUACAUUCAGAAGAGAAAAUAUCUCCAGCAAAUCAAAUUAAACUACUAAAAGCUUAUCAGCAGACUAUACAAGACUCUGAGAAGGAGGAGGAGGAAUUGAGGAAAGCCCUAGAUAAGAUUUAUAAUAUCCGACGGUUGAGAAACGAGAUGAGGUUGGCUGCGCGAGCUUCUGGUAACAAGGAGAAUAUCCGGCGCGCUGCGCACAUGAAAAUGCUUGCCAGUUCAGCUCAAACUAUCCCGCUCUGGGUUGGGAAGGACGGCGAGGAGCCCCCGGAGCUCUGUGGAUCUAUUCCAGCAGAUCAAUCAUAUAUUGCGGAGCAGGGGGAUAUGGUUGCAGCCCUAGUGAAGGGGCCUGAGGACGAGAACUGGAUUCUGGCCGAGGUGGUUGCGUACAACUCCGUUACCGGCAAAUAUGACGUCGACGAUAUCGACGAGGAGCAGAAAGAUCGGCACACACUCUCGAAAAGGAAAAUUAUUCCAUUACCAACCUUCCGCGCCAGUCAAGAGACAUGUCCUGAAGCUCUGUUUGACAAGGGGCAAACUGUAAUGGCAAUAUAUCCACAGUGCCCCUUGAGGGACUGUAAAAGUCAAAGGUUUAAAAGUUACGCGGACGGAUAUUCUCCUCCCUUGAACGUAGCGCAGCGGUAUGUUAUCCAAGUUCUGGAGAAAAAGAAAGGAAAGUUAUAACAAGAGCUGGACGGAUUCUCAGGGAUCAGCUCGGUUUCUCCAUGUACCUCAUUCAACAGUAUAGUGUAAAUAUUAAUAUGUGUAAUUAUUUUUACAAUUGUAUUUGUAAAUUUCAGA